AUGUCACGCCGUCAUCUUAUACCACAAGAGGCCAAAGACGAAAUUGCUGAAGUCUUCGAGCUUUUCGAUGCUGAUAAGAGUGGCUGCAUUGAUCGUCAAGAACUCUAUGUUGGUAUUCGUGCAAUGGGCUUUAAUGUUACACAACAAGAUAUAGAAGCAAUCUUUAGAGAAAAAGAUGUAGAAAAUCUUGGAUACCUUGUUUUCAAGCAAUUCCGUGAAGUUAUUGGUCAAAAAUUACAAGAGAGAAAACCAGAAGAAGAAUUUAAGCAGGUUUUCGCACUCUUCGAUAAAGAACACACAGGUAGAAUUGGUAUUCGUGAAAUCAAGCGUGUUUGUAUGGAACUUGGCAAAACAGAUCUUACAGAUGAUGAUAUGAAUGCUAUGAUCCGCCAAUUUGAUACAGAUGGCGAUGGAUUCAUCACACAAGCCGAAUUCGUAAGAAUGAUGGAAGGUGAUUUCUAA